AUGCCGAACUCAUUUAUGGGCACCUUGGAUAACAAUAUGUGUUUUAUUCUCGAUGCUGAUCCUUUAACGCUGACCUGGGACGAUCAGUACCAUCUGAACAGGAUAAAGCUGCUUUUCCACUCUGCUCGGAACAAGAUAAACGGCUCUUUGGAAAUGGGUUCAUCGUCCGAAAAUAUCUCGAUUGUUCACCUGGAUAAACCAAUUCUCCCGGAAAACAUUACCAUCAUCCGGUCAAGAAACGGGUCACUCACGGAGGGCGAGAUGUUUCUGAACACAAUGACCGCUCAGGGCCUGUCUGGGAUAUUUGUCUGGUCCGCCUUGCUCAUAACAUGCCACCAGAUCUACACUCACCUUCGCUCCUACACUGUCCCCAAUGAGCAGCGCUACAUCAUCCGCAUACUGUUUAUUGUACCAGUUUAUGCCUUUGACUCUUGGCUCAGCCUCCUAUUCAUCAGCAAUGACCAGUACUAUGUGUAUUUUGAUUCCAUUCGAGACUGUUAUGAAGCUUUUGUUAUUUACAAUUUCCUGAGCCUGUCCUUCGAGUAUCUUGGAGGAGAGAGUGCAAUCAUGUCCGAGAUUAGGGGGAAGCCCAUACAGUCGAGUUGUUUAUAUGGGACGUGUUGUCUGGGAGGAAUGAGCUACUCCAUUGGCUUUUUAAGAUUCUGCAAACAGGUGACUCUCCAGUUCUGUGUUGUCAAACCCAUCAUGGCAGUCAUCACAAUCAUCCUGCAGGCCUUCGGCAAAUAUCACGACGGAGAUUUUAAUGUUAAUGGAGGCUACCUGUACAUCACAAUCAUCUACAACUUCUCAGUAAGCCUGUCCCUCUAUGCGCUCUUCCUCUUCUACUUUGCCACUAGUGACCUGCUCAGACCGUAUGAACCAGUGCUCAAAUUUCUCACAAUAAAAUCUGUCAUCUUUUUGUCUUUCUGGCAAGGAAUGGUGCUUGCUAUCCUGGAACGGUGUGGCGUCAUUCCCAAUGCACUCUUCAUCGAAGGACAUGAAGUGGGUGCCGGCACAGUCGCAGCUGGCUGGCAGAACUUCAUCAUCUGCAUUGAAAUGUUCUUUGCUGCCAUUGCGCUCCGAUAUGCCUUUACCUGCACCGUCUACCAGGAGAAGAAAAAUGAUGUGCCAGAGUCUCUCCCCCCAAUGCAGAGCAUCUCCAGCGGCUUAAAGGAAACCAUAAACCCAGGAGACAUGGUGCAGGAUGCCAUCCACAACUUCUCCCCAGCCUAUCAGCAGUAUACUCAGCAAUCCACACAGGAGGUCACCCAGCCCAGCACUAAUGGAAAAGUGGCCACGGGCAACAAGAGCUCUCGGAAGUCUGACAAAAUCAUGCUGAUUACAUCAGAUGACGAGUUCUAGGCAUUUUUCCAGCAAGAGACCCAGGUGUUGGUGCCCUUUCCACCCUUACCUCUGACCCCCUGGGGAAAAAGCUGUCUUGCAUCACUCACAAAGCUGGGUUGAACACAGGCGGUUCGUUUUCACAAGCAAGUAUUUAGGGAGGACUUCCUGCUUCUGUUCCGUUAUGUUUAUUUAAUCAUAAGAUGUUAAUGAAAUUUUAACAGUUUUAAAUUUCGCAGCUGAAUAGGGUGAGAACUAAUCCGUCUCCACCUUGCUGUGAUAAUCUGGAAAAUUACAUCUUUGCUUCAUCAUACAAGUCAGGAGACAUGCGCUUCCUUCAAAUCAAGCCGCCGGAUUUUCAGCUGCGUCCUCCAUGCAGAUUCCGUCUUUGCCGUCUUGUCACUGCAGCCUGUCUGAAGUUGUAUUCCCUCUGAAUCAUGUCAAUUUCCAAGAACAGAUGAUUAAUAUGUGACUCCAGGUGGGAGGCAGGGAAGCAGGCAAUGGCCGAGAAUGGCACUUCAUGGACCGUUACUCACAUCUGCUUGUUUGAAGUAUUUCUGAGCAUUCCUCGGCAUGGUUUCCUGACAAAUGAAAGGCUUUUGUUCAAAAAUGCAUUAGUUUUUGGAGCAGGCAAUUCAAACUGCACUUCGGUGUCCACUGUAGCAAGAUAAACCUGUUGCCUACAAAGUGGGAAGUUGGAUAUUCUUAAUUUUUUCUCAGCAUGAUAAAGACUGGCCCAGUUAAAUAGCCAUGUAACAGUUAAUUUUUUUAGAAAUAUUCUCUAUUGUAACUGUGUUGUAUAGUGUUUUAUGAUUCAAUUUUGAUGCUCAUGUUGUCCUAUAUUGUAAGGGUUAUGAAAUAUGUACACAAAUUGAUUAGUGUUAAUUGUGCUGUUCAGUAUGGUCUGUUUGUGUAAAAAUAUAAUUCUUUUUUUCUAUUUAUUGUGAAAAGUUCAGGCCAUUUCAGAAAUUGAACAUUGAUAAAUUGUACUUUUAUUCUUUUUUUUUUUUUUAACAAACUAUAAAAAAAAAUUUUUGGGUAAGAUGUGUAGCCUUUCAGGGACUUUUCUAUUGUUCAUAAGUCAUAAUUGUGCUUUUUUUUUUUUUUUUCCCUUGUGCCAGUUUUGUUUUUCUGGGAAAUUAUUCAUUAUUAAUGCAGACGUGUACAAAGUAGUUUUAAACUGGUUUUAAAUUCAGAUAAAAUGACUUGUCUAAAACUUUUAUGCAAAAAACUGAGUGAAGCUUUUAAUAAGGAAAGAACUUUUAUUUAAAAGGUAUAAAAACAGAUAUGGCAGUACUAUUAAAAUAAAUAAUUUACCAUAUUUUCUUUUCAAUCAGGGCAGGAAAAAAUGUUUUAUUUGUACAUGAUGGUAGUUCAUUGAGAACAGGUAAAUAAAUGAACAUAAAAUAAAAAAUAAUUUAGCUGUUCCUUUUUAAUACCAUGAAAUAAAUACAAAACAUAAGCAGACUUAUAACAAGUUUAAAGGGUACAUAACUGGUUUAUGCUGCCAUUUACUGUCCUCAUUCAAGGUUUUUUAUAGAUGGCAACUAAUUGCCCUCAACUCAUUGCUGUGAAUAGAUAAAAAAGAAACUCUUCUACUCCAAACUAAUUUAGCAUAGAAAUUGCAGUCAUUAAAAUAGCAUUUGAUUUGUGUUGUCCUUUCAGCAGUUUUAUAACAGAAUUUAAACAGUAGACUGUAGAACGGCAAAGAUGGUGUUGAAAGCUUAUUUAAAAAGUCAUGUUUGUCAGGAAACAAAUUCCAUAAAUAUUCUUGCACUUAUCAAAAUACGAGCCUUUUCAAUAUUUACAAUUCAUCCAGAAGUGUUGGCCGGAAUAGAACGUCUGGAUGUUGCCAAAUAUAUUAAACUGUAAGAGGAAAGAAAAAUGUCCUGGACAAAGUUUAGUAAACAUCUACGGCAGGAAUUUAUUUUCCUUGUCCCACAAAUCUGUCUACAUUUUCUUUUCUAACAUCUGUUUAAAUUAAUUGGAAAAUGUGUCUUUAUGGAUCUGUAUAAAAAACAAAAAAACA